AUGAAGGAACUUCGAUAUGCACUUCUCCUAUCCAAAAUUAAAACUGAAUUGGAAAGAACUCAUCAAAAUGAUCCGGGGUGCAAUGUCAGCGGAUUGAAAGAUGAUGAAGGAAGGGAGAUUGAUCCCGAAGAUGAACAGAACCAAGAAGAUGACCAUGUUGAAGAUGUUGAUGAUGAAAAUGAUGAUGAUGCUGAAGAUGAUGAUGAAGAUGAUGCUGAAGAUGAAGAUGCAGAUGAUGAUUCAGGCAAUGAUGAUGAUGACAACAAUAGGGGUAACCCGAAUUAUGAUAGUGAAUCUCCUCUCUUAGUUGCUGAUGAACAAAUACCCGAAAGAACUUCAUCUCAACAUUCAUCCUCAAAAAGUGAUGACAAAAGGGAAGCAUCACUUAGGCCUGAGAUCUCAACAGCAAGUGGAUUGCUUGAAGCCUCCCCUCAGAUUGGAAUUCCUCCUGCUGAAGAUAUUUCAAAUGCACAUCUUGAAGAUCUAUGUCGUGCCAUCGUCCCCCAUAUUGAUCACAUGGACAAAUCACCUAUCAAGCGAUAA